UUCUUUCUGGGGAAUUUAGAGAAGCGAUCAUAUGAGUUUCUUGUUCCUUUCAGCCCCACGCAGAGCCACAGAGACUUGAUUGCGGUUAGAAAACAUUGGGAAAUUGGUCUGAAAAAACAAUCAUGAUGGGAUUAAAGAAGCCAACAGCCCUUCCUAGCAGUCUUCAUCUUUCAGGUAUUAUAUUGUUACUGUUGCUCAUGGGCAAAGUACACUCAGAACACCAAACUGAAGAUAACAGCACCAGAAAUCUAGAAUGUACUGGUACCUACAUCUGCAAGAAAGGAGUGAUUUUGCCAAUCUGGGAACCUCAAGACCCUUCAUUUGGAGAUAAAAUAGCAAGAGCUACUGUAUACUUUGUGGCCAUGGUCUACAUGUUUCUAGGAGUGUCCAUUAUAGCUGACCGCUUCAUGUCAUCAAUAGAAGUUAUUACAUCUCAGGAAAGAGAGAUCACGAUCAAGAAACCCAAUGGUGAAACCACUAAGACAACAGUUAGAAUUUGGAACGAGACUGUUUCCAACCUAACACUGAUGGCCUUGGGCUCUUCUGCUCCUGAAAUCCUCCUGUCUGUAAUUGAAGUGUGUGGCCAUGGCUUUACUGCAGGGGACCUUGGCCCAAGUACCAUCGUAGGAAGUGCUGCCUUUAACAUGUUUGUCAUCAUAGCACUUUGUGUUUAUGUUGUCCCUGAUGGGGAAAUCAGGAAGAUCAAGCAUCUCCGUGUGUUCUUUGUCACUGCAGCUUGGAGCAUCUUUGCCUACACUUGGCUUUACCUAAUUUUGUCCGUCAUAUCACCGGGGAUAGUAGAAGUCUGGGAAGGCUUGCUCACCUUUUUCUUUUUCCCAAUCUGUGUGGUGUUUGCAUGGGUUGCUGACAGACGGCUCUUGUUUUACAAGUACGUCUACAAGAAGUACAGGGCUGGCAAGCAGAGGGGCAUGAUCAUCGAACAUGAAGGUGAGGGGCCACAAUCCAAAGCUGACAUUGAAAUGGAUGGGAAAGUCGUUAAUUCCCAUGUGGAAAGUUUCUUAGAUGGUACUCUGGUCUUAGAGGUGGAUGAGAAGGAUCAAGAUGAUGAAGAAGCAAGGAGAGAAAUGGCUAGAAUCCUUAAAGAGCUCAAACAGAAGCAUCCAGACAAAGAAAUUGAACAGUUGAUAGAACUAGCUAACUAUCAGGUUCUGAGCCAGCAGCAAAAGAGCCGAGCCUUUUACCGUAUUCAGGCUACUCGCUUAAUGACUGGAGCUGGCAAUAUACUGAAGAGACACGCAGCUGAUCAAGCAAGGAAAGCGGUCAGCAUGCAUGAGGUCAACUGUGAAGUCACAGAUAGCGACCCUGUCAGUAAAGUCUAUUUUGAGCAAAGCACCUACCAGUGCCUUGAGAACUGUGGUACGGUAGCCCUAACUAUUGCCCGCCGUGGUGGUGAUUUGUCCAAAACUGUGUCUGUUGACUUCAGAACAGAAGAUGGAACUGCCAACGCAGGUUCUGAUUAUGAAUUCACUGAAGGGACUGUGGUAUUUAAACCAGGUGAGACACAGAAAGAAAUCCGGGUUGGCAUAAUUGACGACGAUAUAUUUGAGGAAGAUGAGAAUUUCCUCGUUCACCUUAGCAAUGUGAAGGUGUCCUCUGAGGAGUCUGAAGAAGAACUUUUAGAGGCCAAUCAUGUUACAACAGUAGCUUGCUUGGGAUCCCCUGCUACAGCCACAGUCACUAUUUUUGACGAUGAUCAUGCUGGCAUAUUUACUUUUGAAGAGCCAGUGACUCACGUAAGUGAAAGUGUUGGGACCAUGGAGGUGAAAGUGCUGCGGACAUCUGGAGCCCGAGGAAAUGUUAUUGUGCCCUACAAAACAAUUGAAGGCACAGCCAAAGGAGGUGGAGAGGACUUUGAAGAUACUUGCGGGGAGCUUGAGUUUCAGAACGAUGAGAUUGUCAAAACGAUAUCAAUCAAAGUAAUUGAUGAUGAGGAGUAUGAGAAAAACAAGACCUUCUACAUUGAAAUUGGGGAACCCCGCCUGGUGGAGAUGAGUGAAAAGAAAGCCCUGUUGUUGAAUGAGCUUGGUGACUUCACAAUUACAGAAAAGUGUUUGAAUGGCCAACCUGUCUUCAGGAAGGUUCAUGCUAGAGACCAUCCUUUUCCUUCUACUGUAAUCAACAUACAAGAAGAGAAUAGCGAGAAGCAGCCACUGACAAGCAAAGAGGAGGAAGAACGUCGCAUUGCAGAAAUGGGGCGCCCCAUCUUGGGGGAACAUACAAAGCUAGAAGUGAUCAUUGAAGAGUCCUACGAGUUUAAGAACACGGUGGACAAGCUCAUUAAAAAGACAAACCUUGCGCUUGUGGUCGGGACCAACAGCUGGAGAGAACAAUUCAUUGAAGCCAUCACCGUCAGCGCUGGAGAAGAUGAUGACGAUGAUGAAUGUGGGGAAGAAAAGCUGCCAUCCUGCUUUGACUAUGUGAUGCACUUUCUGACCGUUUUCUGGAAAGUCCUCUUUGCAUUUGUCCCCCCAACGGACUACUGGAGUGGUUGGGCUUGUUUUGUUGUAUCCAUCUUAAUGAUCGGCCUUCUGACAGCGUUUAUCGGAGACCUGGCCUCCCAUUUUGGCUGCACCAUUGGCCUGAAGGAUUCCGUAACUGCAGUUGUAUUUGUUGCUUUGGGAACCUCUGUGCCAGACACGUUUGCCAGCAAAGUGGCAGCCACGCAAGAUCAAUACGCCGACGCUUCCAUAGGCAACGUCACUGGUAGCAAUGCUGUGAAUGUUUUCCUGGGGAUCGGCGUGGCUUGGUCCAUUGCUGCCAUCUACCACGCAGCCAACGGUGAUACAUUUAAAGUUGAACCAGGCACUCUGGCUUUCUCCGUCACCCUCUUCACUAUAUUUGCUUUUAUCAGUGUCGGCGUGCUCCUCUACCGGCGGAGACCGGAGAUCGGAGGUGAGCUGGGCGGGCCACGGACUGCCAAGAUUGUGACCUCAAGCCUCUUUGUCCUCCUUUGGCUCUUGUAUAUAUUUUUUUCAUCUCUGGAAGCCUACUGCCACAUAAAGGGCUUCUAAAAGAACUAUUGGAGAUAGUAUCUAUAUGUAUCUAUAGAGAGAGAGAGAAAAAGAUAUAGGUAUAUAGAUAUAGAGCUAAUAUUAUUGAACAGAGGAAGAAAAGACAUUUGCCAUGUUCUCACUUAUCUACUGAUGGAAUGUAGCUUUGCUGUAGGAGCUUGAAAUCUGCAGGAUUCUUCACCAGGGGCAGCAUCAUAGAAAUGGAGGCAUGGACGCAGGGCCAUCUUUGAGACUCAACUGACAAGAUCAUGGUCGAGUUACUUUAUAUUUUCCCUAUCCCCAACUGUAUAAGGAUCAAUCUGAUUUCAGUGGGGGCUGAUGGAAGCAGCCAAAGGCCACCUUUAGCUAUAUUGCAGUGGGCGCAGGACUUAAAAGGGAGGGGUUCUUGACUUCCGUAUUAAUAUCUUUGUUGCCUUCUUCAUAAUUCAAGAACAAGCCGAAUCAUCACCCUCAAAGAAGCGUGUGAGUCUGGAGUGACCUUUGAUACCCAAGGGAUGUUCAACCGCAUGUUGUUUUGCUUUGGCAGGAGGGGGGGGUUACUGUUUGCGGGAGGGCGUUGGGAUUUUGUUUCUAGUUUUGUUUUUGUUUCACUUGGGCUUCCCUUCCUUUAUCAUCCAGUGUAUUAAAAACUACCUUAUGUUGUAAUAUCAUUCAAAAUCCUUACCCCCCUUUUUUUUUUGGAUAUCCUUGGUUUAAAAAAGAAAGAAAGAGAAGAUUGCUAUAUAUUCCUCCAUAAUGCAAAAAAGAGAGCCUCUUUCUCAAACAAGGUUUAACCAGCAACUCCAUUUGCUCCAAAUCUGAACUACAAACAUGUGCCCAAAGUCCUAACAUCUGCCUCCUGCUUUAUUAUUUGUGGUUGCUCUGACACGUGGUGUCAGAUUAAGUUCCAUUUCCUCCUGUGCCCUACCCACUCUGCCAGUCUUUGCUGCUGCGCUCCUCCUCAUUACUCCAGUUUGGGAAUGCUCUCAUGGUACUUGUAACACUUUUGCAUGAAUGAAGCAAACCAUAAUCUGUAAUAUAGCAAUGAAUAGCGAUAGUCCCUUCGGUAAUGGCUGUUGAAGAGGCAAGUGUGUUUUUUUUCCUUUCACAGCUUUUCCUUUUUGGGGUUUUCUUUUUUUUUUUUUAAUUUAUUCUUUUAACAAGAACGGUAAGAGGCAGGAAACAGUUCGUAUUCUACGGCUCUGCAUAAGUUUCUGAAGAAGCAGUGACUGAGAGCUGGUGGAGAGGUGUGUACAUUUUAAAGGGAAGAAUUUGUGUGGGACGCAUCAUGGGGAGGCCAUUUUAGAAAGGAAUGGGGCUGCCAGCCUGGCUUGGGAGUGAAGACAACAACCUACAUAGAAGCUGCUAAAGGUUGGGAAGGUCUUGUUUUAUUUCGUUUGGGCUUUGGGCUUACAGUGCUCAGAGUCUCGAUGCUGGCUGAGAAAUUCUGGGAACUGGAGUCUCCAAAACUGACUUUUCUAGGUUCCGGAAGCUAUUGAUAGCAAGUCAUCUCACAAAAUCCUACCAACCUAACCAGCCGGUGGUUUUUAGGGGCUCUGGCACAUCCCCUGCUCUGCUGUCACCCAUGGCUUGAACCCAAGACUUUCUCCAUACAAAAGCAUGCACUCUGCCACUGAGGAGGCAAGUCCUGCGUUGAGACCAGUCUAGGUGGACCAAGUGGGGCAAAGCGUUGCUCAUGCUAAGCAUAACUAUCUGGGUUGAGCCCUAAAUGAACAGAAAUACCCUCCCAUCUUCCCACUUCUAACACAUCAAUUUUCACCCAUGUAUUUUUAUGCUGCAUUGGCUCUUGUCUUCAAGAGCGAAUGCCAAAUUCUUGGUGUCUCUGUAAUUAUUAUUCUCUCUGCUGCAGCUCAGUGGAAACGUGCAGGCUAAUCUGUUCAUCCUGAAGGGCACCUUGAAAAUAGAACCAUUCAUAUAUAGUCCCUUCAGGUGGAUUUUAAAACAUUCCACCAUCUGCUGUUCUUCAGAGCAACAGAAUGUCCUACUUAGAAAUAGUGGCAUAUUUUGCCUAGUCCAGCAGUGAAUGCAUUUAUUCCCUAGGAAUUGGAGAAUUAACUACUGUUAUUUAUUGCUUGUUUAUGGUUGGCAAUGUACUCAGUGCUAUACAAUGCACAGCAAAGUACCCUAAAUGACUGUUGGUUUUGGAAAUGUCAUAAUCCUGGUACCAUACAAGUAAACUAUCAGAAGCUGCAUCUUCUGUCGCUCUUUUGGUUAUUUAUUUAUUCUUUCAUCCUCCUCUUUUCUCCCAUCAUUUAGCAGAUUUUUUUUUCUUUUUCCACGCUCACAUCUGGUGCUCAAUGGAAGGAGGAAGCCAUCAGAAAGUGGCCAGAGUGAGAAAAGAUGGCCUCUCUUGAGAGGCUGUGGGAUCAGGUUGGUGAAAUUAGUGACAUAGGGAGAUGGUGGGGGUAGGACCAUAGACAAACAGCGAGAUGUCUGAACAGGGAAAUGGCAGGGAAUAGAUUUGGGGCCAAAUUAUAUAUUACAGAUCGUCCAUCAACCCAAAAUUCAUUAAGUGUCCUAUGGAUGUAAGUCGACCUUUAUGACUGACCAUCCAGACAAAGUGCAUGUUUCUUUCCCAGUGGCCAGUCACAAAACACAAAACAGUAAGCUAUGAGAAAUGUGAACAUUUCCUGCUGCGAAAAAGCUCCUGCUGUGACAAUCAGACAUAUUCAGUAUUGAAGAAAUUCUCUUUUAUAAUCACAGGCUAUCUGUAACAUACUGUAUAAUUUCAUCUUUAGAUGCACUCCCUUGGGAGCAUUGUGUCGCAAUUGUAUCAUAGAUUAUAAAAGGCCAGUAACUGAGAAUCCUGACUGGGCCAACUUGGAACUCUUUGUAGGGAAGGAAAUAGGUAUCCAAGGCCAGACGGGAGGAGCUGACCAAUGAGGCGACUGAACUGUCACAAUAAAAAGAGGGAGUCGGGAAAAUAAAGCUGUUGCAAAGAUGGGCAUUUCUAUCCUAGCAACACCGUAGAUGGGUGUGUCCGUGGCUGUCUUGAGUUUGUAGACAUUUCCAGGAGUGUAUUUCUAAAGCUGCUUCUGAUAACAGUGAGCUGAAGCUGCUCCAUCCCUGGCCAUGUGGAAGGGAACACUAUGGAGAGAGUGCAGAUCUUCAUCCCCUGUCUCCAUGGCCUCUUUAAUUGUAGCCUCCUUUUUCAGUAGGAAGUCUGUGGCAGUAAACACACCUUAGAGAGAGUGAACUAAGAGGAUCUUUGCAAAAUGGAGGAAUUGCAGAUUGCAGGAAGGACAAAUCCAGUCACUGUGUCAAUUCCCUUUGGACAAUAUAUCCAUGCUUAGGAGUGUUAUGGAGACACUAAGAGCUGUGGAUCCGUCUAGUCCCAAUGCCAUCUACCUAUUCUGACUGGCAGUAAAUCUGUAGGGCAGGAAUGGAGACCUUGUGGCCUUCCAGACAUUGCUAGACUGCAGUUCCAUCAGCCUCAUUCCAUCCCAGUGUUCAAGGCUGAUGUAGAUUGUAGUCCAACAACGUCCAGGGGUGCAGCUUCCCCUGCUCUUACUCCGUGGCAGAGGCGCACAACUUCAUCAUGGCUCCUCCAGUCUUCCACCUUUUAAAAAGAGUGUAAAUUUAAAUAAAACAAGGAGACUUCUCUUGUUUUGUUUUGUUUUUUUACAAAAGUGGGGAGAGCUCCAGGAAGGCUGCAAACAUACCCUCAGGGAACUGCUUCACAUCUACAGGUCACUUAAUUGCCAUCUCAAGGUCUGAGCCACUGAGCUAUGGCUAUGAAAUGCAUUGUUCAUGGCAUUCUUUGCGUCAAAGAGAAAAUGACAGAAUUUAUAAAACACCCACUCAUAUUCCUUCUGUCAAACCAGCUAGUAACAGUAUCUUGAAGCAUUAUUUGGACCUCAUUAAUUCCUGCAGAAGAGGAGAAUCGUAAACCACUUCUACGUAUUUUGUACUUGGAAAAGCCUGAAAAGGAUUGGCAUAAAUCAGAAUUGACAUUGAUUAUUAUAAUACCUGCAUACUAGAUUGACAGUCCCAGGUUUUCUUCUCUUAGCAUAGUCCACCUGCACAUAUGGAUAUUGACUGCAGAUUUUUAUUUUAUUUUUUAAAAAAGAAGAAAAUGGUGUGUGAAUCCACUUUAUGAAAUCAAAGGAAGGUAGCAAAGACUACUUCUAUAUAGGUCAGAGUAACAGAAAACAGAAAUCUCUAUCUGUAGUUCAGCCGGGCGGGAACAUCGGUUGCAUAGGACAGUUCUGUAAACAUCAAGGGAAUAACACACAUUUGCUACAGUAUGAAUCAUCUAAUCCUGCCAUUGUUGUAUGGCUCUAUAGAAGAUGCAGGAGUGGGGAUUGCAGGAUGAAGAAUUUUUGCUUGUGCCGAAUUACAGACCACAUACUAGGUUUCUGAUCUGUGUAUGCAGUCGAGCUCCUUUAAAAGUAGUGGUAAUUUGGCAAUUGUUGGAACAUGACCACUGGCCUCCUCUCCAAGAAUGUCUCAUGGGUGUAGGGGAAGAAAUGGUUAUACCUCGCCCAUACUCCCAAGACCUUCUCUGUUUAUUUCAAUGAAAAAAACAGCUGUGCAUGCACAGUCAUUUAUACCUGUGUGGAACGUCUCUGCUGAAAUGAGUGAUGGACACUGUGAACAUAAAUUGCUAUGUGAGGCCAUUCUUCAUUACCUGUGAUUUCAGAAUUUAACUAUGAAUGGCCCAGUUUCUUCAUAGUUCUUUCUUGCCUGAUUGAAAAAUAAUCAAUUAAAGCAUCACAUCAUGUAGUAAAAAGAAUGGGGGUUACACUCGAUUUGUGCUGAUUUUCAACAGUCUAUGGAAUGCUUGGAUUGUGAGUUUUUCUUUUUAAAAUAAAUGAAUAUUUUUGUUUUCCUAAAAAUUGUUCUUUGACUUCUGCAGGUUUUUUGUUUCUUUCCAGUUUGAUUUCAUUUGGUUGGUUUGUUGUGGGGUGGGGGAAGAAAAUAAAGCAGUGAAUUGGGUUGUUCAGGGAUAUUAUUAUUAAUGAUAUUAUGAUUAUAUUUGUGUAAAAUUAUUUCAUUUCAUCUGUUUGUUUUCUUUCAUUUUUAUUUGUGUGUAUUGUGCACAUAAACAGAGAGGAAGUGAGUGCACUAAUUGUGAUCAAUGGCACACUGAGGCACAAAAAAUAAAAUGUAUAAUUGGUUCUGAUUUGAAGAUUAUAUUCCUGCAUUUUCCCUG